UGACAGACAGACAGACAGACAGACAGACAGACAGCCAACGACGGCGCGCGAGUUGGGACAAAACAGUGCAGCAACCUAAUCGUUCGCUUUUAUGGAAGCAACCAUUGCAGUCAGUUGACCAGGCUGUCGACAGUAUGUUGCUGCUGUAAACAAAAAGGAACGCUAUUCCCUAGGAAUUUCGUGCAAAUUCUAGGCCCGCGUAUGGAAUUAAACGACGACGCGUGCGCUAUAAUAAGGACACUGUGCUAUCUAUCCAGUUGACCCGGUGCCACCUAUUAGUCGUUGUUCAAAGUUCCAUUGGUUCAAAAGGAGUUAUUCAUCCAUUUAUUUUGUGACAGGGUUAUACGAGGUGACUUGCAACAAAAACGCCAACCUUACAAUCUUCAUUGGAACAAAGGUGCAUGUUUUCGUCAUGUGGGAGAAAGCCACAUAUGUGGGCGAUAACUAACCCACACAAACAUGGGUAGAACUUGUUCAUAGUAAAGCAUACUUGAGCCAAUAUUCGAUUCAUUUGUAUGACAUAGUAUCUCGUUUUUUGUCGUUUUGAUGAUUAAAUGUACAAAAGGAUGUUUCAUGAUCGUGUUUGUUCCAUGUUUCCAGGGCUGUUUGAUUUGGUUUCUUCUUCAAUUGGCACCGUUUCAAGGAUGUGACAUUGAAGGAGCAGCAUAAAAAGGUGCUGUGCUGCAGCUCAGGGCCUCUCUCUUCACUUGUGCUGAGCAUUUCUCAGACUCAAACAAUGGACUGGGAUCUGUAUCUAUAUGGGUGUUUUUUGACACUCCUUAGUCUUUUAGCGCUGAAGUUACGAUUAAGAAAACCGGUCCACAGCGGCCUCCAAGAGCUCCCGUGCCUCCCGUCGUUCCCUUUGAUCGGCAGUCUGCUGAGUCUCCGGAGCGUACAUCCUCCUCACGUUCUUUUCAAGAAACUCCAAGAGAGAUACGGUCAGACGUACUCACUGAUGAUGGGCUCGCAUCGGGUCGUCGUCGUCAACCACUACGUCCAUGCCAAAGAAGUGCUGCUGAAGAAGGGCAAGAUAUUUGCAGGGAGACCGAGAACAGUGGGUGCACCGUCUUUCUUCUCUUUGAAAAAGUCCUUUGCCUGCCUGCCAAACCUAUCUUUCCUUGCCCACAUUGAUGCUCCUCUCCAUGGGAUGAAGGUAACCACCGACGUGCUGACCAGAGAUGGGAAAGACAUCGCCUUUGGAGACUACAGCGCUACCUGGAAGUUCCACAGGAAAGUUGUCCACGGAGCUCUCCACAUGUUUGGACAAGGCUCCGCCUCCAUUGAGAAGAUCAUCUGCACACAGGCCCAGUCCCUUUGCUCCGUCAUGUUGGAGAAAGCUAGUAGCGAGGCUUGCGUGGACCUUUCUCCUGACCUGGCGCGGGUCGUCACCAACGUCAUCUGUUCGCUGUGUUUCAACUCCACGUACCCAAUUGGAGAUCCUGAGUUUGAGGCCAUCCUUCUUUAUAGCCAGGGUAUUGUGGACACCGUCGCCAAAGACAGCCUGGUGGAUAUUUUCCCCUGGCUCCAGCUCUUUCCCAACGCAGACCUGCGUCUCCUGAAACAAUGCGUUUCCACCCGUGACAAACUUCUACAUCAGAAAUAUGAAGAACACAAGGCCCAGUACAGUGACCAUUUGCAGAGAGACCUGAUAGACGCUCUGCUCCGAGCAAAACGCAAUGCCCACAACAACAACACGGCAGAGAUGAGUUCCCAGCCUUUGGGCCUUAGCGACGACCACAUCCUUAUGACUGUCGGAGACAUCUUUGGAGCCGGGGUGGAAACCACCGUCACCGUCCUCAGAUGGGCCAUCAUCUACCUCCUCUAUCACCCUGAGGUGCAGAAACGGAUCCAGGAUGAGAUGGACAGCAAUUUAGGGCGGGACCGGAGCCCCCUCCUGAGCGACAGAGGCAGUCUUCCUUACCUCGAGGCCACCAUCAGGGAGGUGUUGCGGAUCCGCCCCGUUUCCCCUCUCCUCAUCCCUCACGUUGCCCUCCAGGACACAAGCCUUGGAAAUUUCAAAGUGCGAAAAGGGACCAGAGUUAUCGUCAACCUGUGGUCACUGCACUACGACGAGAAAGAAUGGAAACACCCUGAACUUUUCGACCCAGGUCGCUUUUUGAACAGCGAAGGCACAGGUCUGAGCAAGCCGUCGUCCAGCUACAUGCCCUUCGGUGCCGGGGUCAGGGUGUGUCUCGGCGAGGCCUUAGCAAAGAUGGAACUCUUUAUCUUCCUGGCCUGGAUUCUGCAGCGUUUCACCUUUUCCAGCCCAGCCGGUCAACCUCCUCCCUCGCUGGAGGGCAAGUUUGGCGUGGUCCUUCAACCAGCCAAGUACAAGGUGACCGUCACACCCAGAUGGCGUGCUUUCUAGCACAUUUACCUUGAGUAACUUGACUUUGCUUUGAAAAGUAACUAAGUUAAGACGUGACUUUCAGCAGACGCCACACUUCCACCUCACAUCAAAAUGACAACUGCUUUUGACAAGAGUUCAUUGUUUCAGGGUUUUCUAUAACUAUCGAUAUUUCUACAUAUAAAUAUCAUUAAAGAAAAUCAACAGUCUUUGACUUGACUUCAGUUGUUUGUUUUUUAUAAUAAAGAGACAUUCGUGAUUUCCCGGAACAGAAA